AUGGCCAUACAAAAGCCCGCGACCGCCCUCGCUUCCCUCCACGAAGUGUUGCGCGCUCUCCGCCGCUUUCGCCGAGCUACCGCGACCAAAGACAAAAACGGCAUUCGCCACCCGAAGAAAAGCAUGCCAUCCGCCGGCCCUGACAAGUGUCUCAAAUUGAGUCUCGACACCCACGACGUCGUCUUCCGUCGCCAGCAUCGAGACGGCCAGAAGCUGCUUGUCCACGGCGAAGUCGUUUUCUGCACUCAGACCCCAACCGCCAUCAAGUCUGUGAAGGUCGCACUGCAUGGAGUCCGCAAAGUGCACUGGUUGACGAACACGCUGCAAUCGCAAACCGUGAGGCAGAAGGAUGUCAUCUUCUCGCAAGACCGACUUCUUUACAUCUUUCUCAAGGGCACCGAUCAGGCCAAAAAGGUAGCGCCGGGCCGCUACAUCUGGCCGUUUACCUUCACUCUCCCGUCCUCGCUUCCGGAUUCCAUACCCUGGCUUCCGCUCGACACGUACAUCCGCUACUCCAUCUGCGCCGACAUCACCAUCGGCAGCGGCGUCUUCACUCGGAAGCUCUGCACCAGCGAGCCGCUGCGUCUAAUCAAAUCCCCUUCUUUCUUCAUCGACGAGCUCGAAUUCGCCCCAGAUAUUACCCAACAAAUCGCGCACAUCACCCUUCCCGCCAGUGAGCUCGACGCCACCGUCACUCUAGCCCAACCCUAUCAGCCUACCGACAAUGGCGGCGGCGUCCUCGAAACCUCUUUCGCGCUAACACCCUUCCCUACCACCAAUAUUCCCGACAGCUCAUCAUCAAUAUCAUCGAACCGCCACCACCGCACCAUCACCCUCAGCCUCGAGUUGCUGCAAACCGUCCACCUCGUCGUGACCGACAAGCACGGCGAGCCUCAUCGCGGGACCAAGUGCAUACGGUGCGUGGCUGAAGUGAGUAGGUCGAUAGCUGGGAGUGAGCUGUUGACGAAGGACGCAACGGUGGGAGCGGCGGCGAGAGCUACCGCAGUAGAGGUAGAUUGUGCGGGCGAGCCGAGGAGAAGAAAUGUUGACGACGAAAAGGACGGUUGGGGUAAUGAUGCAGACAGCACCAACAGCGCUGGUAGUACGACGCCGCCUCCACCGACGACUUGCUUCGACUUAACACUACCGUUGCCCAUGGCGCCAUACGCCCUGGUACAGAGCGUGCACGAUGGCGACAAGAUCCGGGUGCGGUAUACGCUGCGGGCCAAGGUAAGUGUCAAGGACAACGACGACGACCGGGACGUGAAGAAGGUUGCGCAGAAAGAGGUAAGUGUGUACGACGAGGUUGUUUCCAUAGUAAAUUUCCAUGUCCGCUCUGGGGCUGACGAUGCCGCCGUGCGUGUUCAGGCGGAAAGCGCAAAUCUGUUCCCGAAGCUGUUCGUGCCCGUCUGCGAGCGGCGCGACAGCGUCAUCUCCAACACCAGCAGCGCUUGCGAGACCGACAUCGUCGACGAGUGCGGUGUCGUCACGAGCUUGCCGAGCUAUGGCGAGCACCUGUUCGACGCCUAUUUCUGUUGGGAUGCGCGUGGUCUGAGGGCAGAUGACAUACCGCGUGAACGAAAUCCGGUAAGGGCUGUGCCAUGUUGCGCUACUUAG